UGUGCUGUUUCAUGAAUGAAAGAAGAAGAAAUCAGGGGGAGGAGUUGGUAUCGCUUCAUUGAGGGCUGAAUGGUGACAUGGACCGGAAUCCGUCCUGUGCCUCCACUCGUAUUAAAUAAUCAGUUCUUUAAAUUUACUGGUCACAUCUUUGAGUUGAUGACUACAUUACACUCCAAUCCAAUGACAGGAAAAGAAAAAUCCGGGGGCAAAAUGGAUCCAUCUAGCGGUCUGAAUCGACCACUGGAUAUUGUACCGAACACGGAUGAGAAGAUGAAGGACAGAGGCCAGUGGAGCAACAAACUGGAGUUUGUGCUCUCUGUAGCUGGAGAAAUCAUCGGACUAGGCAACGUGUGGCGCUUUCCUUACCUCUGUUAUAAAAAUGGAGGAGGCGCUUUCUUCAUCCCUUACCUGAUCUUUCUGGCCACUUGUGGAAUCCCUGUAUUCUUUCUGGAGACAGCGCUGGGUCAGUACACUAGCGAGGGAGGAGUUACCUGCUGGAGGAAAAUCAGCCCGCUGUUUGAAGGCAUCGGUUAUGCCACCCAAGUCAUAGUAGCCUUGUUGAAUAUCUAUUACAUAAUCGUUUUGGCUUGGGGCAUCUUUUAUCUGUCCUUCUCCUUCUCUUGGGACCUGCCGUGGGCUUCCUGCAAUAACACCUGGAACACAGAUGCUUGUGUGGAAUUUCAGCGAAGAAACGAUUCUAUCGACCAAAGUCAUCUGGAGAACGCAACGUCCCCAGUUAUAGAGUUUUGGGAGAGAAGAGUCUUACGGAUCUCUUCGGGUAUCGAUGAGAUCGGAGAGCUGCAUUGGGACAUGACCCUUUGUCUGCUUUUUGCCUGGAUCCUUUGCUACUUCUGCAUUUGGAAAGGGGUCAAGUCCACUGGGAAGGUUGUGUAUUUCACUGCGACCUUCCCGUAUGUUAUGCUGCUGGUUCUUCUAAUCAGAGGGAUAACGUUGCCCGGGGCAUGGCGAGGCAUCCGGUUCUACCUUUACCCUGACCUGGGUCGUCUAGCAGACCCACAGGUAUGGAUGGAUGCAGGAACGCAAAUUUUUUUUUCUUAUGCUAUCUGUCUGGGCUGCUUAACAGCACUGGGCAGCUACAAUAAAUACAACAAUAACUGCUACAGAGAUUGUGUGGCUUUAUGCUUCCUGAACAGUGGAACAAGUUUCGUAGCUGGAUUUGCUAUUUUUUCUAUUCUGGGUUUCAUGUCGUUCGAGCAGAACGUCCCUAUUUCUGAGGUAGCAGAAUCAGGCCCUGGAUUAGCUUUCAUCGCAUAUCCUCGUGCAGUGUCCAUGAUGCCUUUCUCUCCGCUGUGGGCCUGUUUCUUCUUCAUUAUGAUCGUGCUGCUCGGCCUGGACAGUCAGUUUGUCUGUGUGGAGAGUUUGGUGACAGCGGUAGUUGACAUGCACCCAUCGGUGUUCCGUCGCAAAAACCGGCGUGAACUUCUCAUCCUGGCUGUGGCCUGUGCUUCGUUUCUCAUGGGACUGAUCAUGCUGACAGAGGGUGGAAUGUAUGUCUUCCAGCUGUUUGACUACUAUGCAGCCAGUGGGAUGUGUCUCCUCUUUGUUGGCGUUUUUGAGACUAUUUGCAUUGCCUGGAUUUAUGGUGCUGAACGUUUUUAUGACAAUAUCGAGGACAUGAUCGGUUAUCGCCCUGGACCUUACAUUAAGUACUGUUGGCUGUUCCUGACUCCAGCCACCUGUUUUGGCACCUUUGCUUUCUCUUUGAUCAAGUAUACUCCACUAAAGUACAACAAUGAGUAUGUCUAUCCAUGGUGGGGUUAUACACUGGGCUGGCUUCUGGCAUUGUCAUCCAUGGUCUGUAUCCCUCUAUGGAUCGUGUAUAAGAUGUGCACUUCCAAAGGAACGCUAAAAGAACGAUUCCAUGAGCUGACCACACCAUCUCCUGAUCUGCCUAUAACACGACAGGAGCAGGAGAAACUACAGGUUGUCUUUGCUGCUGAUGGUGAAGAUCUUCCACAGAGAAGAGCUUCUACUAAGGAUGGAUACUUUCCUGUCAGUGAAAAGGAAUCACAAUGCUGAAUGCCUCACUGGCAAGAGACACUAUGGAGCACUUUAUGUUUCUAUAAAUGUGGUCCUUGGCGCCUUUACAUUAAUACCUCACACUGCUGAUGACUGCCAAAUCGCACCAAACUGAGGGGAAGGGAAAUAUUUUUGGCAGCGUAUUUUGGAGAAGGCAAUGUCGCCCUCUAUGGGCAUUUGUUUUUGCCAGUGUGGGCCAUUUUCUUAUUAGUAAGCAGUGCAAAUUUUCAACUUCAAAAACUGUGCAACUUUUAACCUGUAAGUAUUGGCUAGUCCAUGUAGAUUUCUGUGAGUUCCAGUUUUUAAAAAAAAAAUUUUUAUUUUGUUUUAUUUUAUCUUCAAAAACAUGACAGUAGGUGGCUUGGCUAUACUAAAUUACUGGAACAUGUGAGUGUUAAUGUGAUGGGAACAUGUGAGUGUUAAUGUGAUGGGAACAUGUGAGUGUUAAUGUGUGAAUGCACCAUGUUAAUGGUGACCUGUUUAGGGUGUGUGUAAGGAUCCCUGGAUCAUCUAUGUAUUCACUGCAAACCUUAAAGAGCACCUAAAACCUGUUAGAUUUAGACUCACUCUGUUGUACUGGAAAUGGCAAAAAAUUGACCCAAAUGGCCAGUCAUAAAUUUAUUUUCAUGUUAUCUCAAAACGUAGUCCACUAUAAAUGAAUGUAAAAUUUGUUGUAGAAUAUAAAAUCAUUUAUACAACGUUGUAAACUGAACAGAAUCAAAUGAAUUAUUAAUUUAUUAAGUAAAUAUUUAAUUAAAUAAUUAAGGUGCAUACUUUGAAAGUAAAACUCAACCUCAACUAAUCCCAACAUUUAUAUAAUAAUAA